AAUAAAGCAGAAUUGAAUAGAAGCCGAUAUUUUGCGUUUAGUGAGAGAGAAACAUGGUUGAUCCUGUAGGGCAGGUUUGUCACUGAAAUAAUGAGUGAGAGGAAAAAGAGAAUCGGAAAAAUUGUGGAAAAAAAAUAAGCUUAACAUUAACAAAGAGCGGUACUACACGUCCAGGCCCACAUCGCUUAACCAACCAAUCCCUGCAUUUCCAAACCAAAGCAACUGAACUGCACUGCACCUUCCCAUAAAUACCACACAACCACCCCUACUUCUUCUCUCAAAGCUUCUCUCUCUGUAAUUUCUAUGAACCCUAGGUCCCUUCUUUUCGCUGUUCUGGUUCCACCAUGUUAAUUGAGACUACCUGUGCUCGGGAUUCUGGGAUGAGUUCAGAGACCGUCAAUUCCACGCAACGAACUUCCAUGAGCAACGAGAGCGUUUGCAGCACCAGCUUCAGCCGCCUCUCCUUCGACCUCCCUCCUUCCUCCUCAUCGCCCGAGAGCCUCUUCGUCAAGCCCCACCGCUCCUCCGACUUCGCUUACUCUGCCAUCUUCCGCCGCAAGUCCGCCCUCACCUUCCGCGACUUCCACCUCCUCCGCCGCAUCGGCGCUGGCGACAUCGGCACCGUGUACCUCUGCCGCCUUCGCCACGACGAGGACGAGUGCUUCUACGCGAUGAAGGUGGUGGACAAGGAGGCCGUGGCGCUGAAGAAGAAGGCGCAGAGAGCGGAGAUGGAGAGAAAGAUUCUGAAGAUGGUGGACCACCCCUUCCUCCCUACGCUCUACGCGGAGUUCGAGGCCUCGCAUUUCUCUUGCAUUGUGAUGGAGUAUUGCUCCGGUGGAGACUUGCACUCCCUUCGACACAACCACCCUAACAAACGCUUCUCUCUCUCCUCUGCCAGGUUUUACGCGGCUGAAGUACUGGUGGCGUUGGAGUAUCUCCACAUGCUGGGAAUAAUCUACAGGGAUCUAAAGCCAGAAAACGUGUUGGUCAGAUCAGACGGUCACAUCAUGCUUUCUGAUUUCGAUCUCUCUCUGUGCUCCCAUGCAAUCCCCGCCGUUGAAUCCCCUGACUCUUCUCUAGAUCCUGCAUUCACACGCACGUUACCCUACACCCGUCAGUACUCCACUCCCUUCUCCUGCCUCUCCAACCGCGUCUUCCGCUCCAAGAAGGUCCAAACCCUACAACCCAACCGCCUCUUUGUGGCCGAACCGGUUGGGGCUCGCUCCUGCUCCUUCGUGGGGACGCACGAGUACGUCUCACCGGAAGUGGCCUCCGGAAACUCCCACGGCAACGCCGUCGACUGGUGGUCCUUCGGAAUAUUCAUCUUCGAGAUGGUGUACGGUCGCACCCCCUUCGCGGGCCCAUCGAACGAGGCUACGCUGCGGAACAUCAUAAAAAACCCCCUCGCCUUUCCCACCGCCACGCCCUCCACCACACUUGAAAUGCAUGCGCGGGACCUCAUAUCCGGGUUGCUCAACAAGGACCCGAACCGCAGGCUUGGGUCGAAGCGCGGCGCCGCCGACGUCAAGAAGCACCCUUUCUUCGCGGGGCUCAAUCUGGCGCUCAUACGAAUGGUGACGCCGCCGGAGGUUCCCUCCCUCAGAAGGCAGAAAACGACGCUGUUUUACCCCGCUAACGAUAACGGCAACGUAAAUAACAGUAGACACGAGCUAACGGCGUUUGAUUACUUUUGAGAAUCCAACGAUGGAGGCAGUCUGCGCCACGUGUUGAGUCGGUGCCACCCAGAUUUUGUAAUUGGCAGAUGACUUAUGUGUAUAAUUUUGAGCUGUCCUUUCUUUUUGUACCCUUCUUUUAAUUCUAAUAUAGUUUGAUACUCACAUUCCACUCA